GUUGCGGAUAUCAACUCGAUGGAUAGCGGUCCAAAAAAGAAUGCAGGCCAGCUCGACACGACCCUUGACCAGCUGAGAGCCGACGCAACUACCAUGGAGGCAAAUGCCAAAUGCGGGAGAAAAUAAUGCGCAUCUUGGGAUGAGUGGUUAGUUUAAGCGACGUGUUCCGUUUGUUGGAUGGAUUUUUCCAAACAGAGGUUCCCAUCCUUCGAAAUGAUGAAUCGCCCAGUUGGGGCAACAGUCAAGGAAGCCUCGGAUAUCACAGUACAGUUGAUAGCCACGGCAUCUACUUGUAUCUUGGGACCACCAACAGGAUCCGCGUGGCGCAGCUUUUGGUCCUGCUCAGAGGAUUCGGGGUCGCCUUUGUGGACGGAGAUCUGCGAUGGAAAAGCCAACGACGAGCACAGACUGGAUAACACGCGAGGCACGGGUGGUUUAUUACACUGGACGUUGAUGAAAACGAUGUUCCGGGUUCGUCAAAGUCCCGUGCCUCAGUCUCAAAAUCAUUCUUCUCGGUUGUCCCCCAGCGACUUUCGGCAGAGCCGACGCGAUCAUCACCGCCACCAAGUGGGUGCACAGCCACAUGGCAUGGCAAAGAAUAGAAGUGGGUCUCGGCUAUUGCGCCAGCGGGGUCUCCAUCUCGAGGCCUUCCAGGCGGAAGAAGGAGAAUUGUCGCGAUGAAUGUUGAGCGUGACCGCUAUUGUCGCAGUAGGCGCCCGACUCUGCUCGACAACAAUAAGGCGACUCGUCAAAAGUCCCUUUCCCAACACUACCGCAACCGCAAUAUAAUACGGGACUCAGGAAAUCACAUGA